AUGUCCUUCGUUGCCCGUCGAUUAUUCCGAACAAACACUGCUGCUCUUCAAGCCAAUGAGCAAAUGCGUUCUGGUCCAAAUUAUGCUGCCAUUUCUGCAGCCAUCGUAGGUGUCGGUACAUUGUACUAUUUCAUUGGUAUGGGUGCGGAAAAGAAAACGAAAAAGGAUAACGAGAUUCAACCCGGAUUGAAGGAGCCAGAAAUUGUUAACGCACCUGGCGGUGGUGCCUCUCAAUUGAAGCCAAUUAGCAAACAGUAG